AUGAAGGACAUCUGGAAAUCCAACAAGCACAUGCUUGGAGCAAUUGAACUCACUAUGCGUGGCGACGAGUUAUGUAGAUCGAUGAGUGCUAGAGAGAAAUCCCCCUACGUCAACAUCUCCAAGAAAACUCCCAGAUUCAAGAUGGUGAGGUCUAGAAGGAGGAGGAGGCGCAGGAGCAGGAAACGUAGCAGGAGAGGCAGGAGGAGACGCCGCAGCAGUUCCUCUUCAAUGGCGGAAGAGAGCGUCGAGAGGUACAGAAAACAGAAGAAGGAUCGAUCCCGAGAGCGAUCCAGGAAAGACAAGAAAAGCGAUGAGGCGAAUAAAAGCAAGAUCUUGAAUGAGAGAGUAGAGAAGAAAAGUGUCCACAAAUUCGGGGAGUGUGAUAGGAGGAAGGAGGAUGGAGAGUACAGACUGAAAUCUGCUGAUUACGACGAUAUAAGGAGAGAUUAUAUUUGA